CCGCCGCGCCGGAGACACCGACCGCGGCGGCAGAGGCAGCAGCAGCGAGCAGAGGCGGCGGCGGCGGCGGCUGGGAGGACAGCACGGCCGAGGCGCCCCGAGCCGCCUCCUCACACGCCGCCGCGGCGGCCUCGGCGACAGAUUUUUUAAAAAAUGGAUUUGACCAACCAUGGACUUAUUCUACUGCAGCAGUUAAAUGCACAGCGCGAGUUUGGGUUCCUGUGUGACUGCACGGUUGCCAUCGGCGAUGUGUACUUCAAGGCACACAAAUCUGUUCUUGCCUCAUUCUCCAAUUACUUUAAGAUGUUGUUUGUCCAUCAGACCAGCGAGUGUGUCCGACUGAAGCCCACCGACAUCCAGCCAGACAUCUUCAGCUAUCUCCUGCAUCUCAUGUACACUGGAAAGAUGGCGCCACAGCUCAUCGACCCUGUCCGCCUGGAGCAGGGCAUCAAGUUCCUGCACGCAUACCCACUGAUCCAAGAGGCCAGCCUCGCCAGCCAAGGCACCUUUUCCCAUCCCGACCAAGUGUUCCCACUGGCUUCCUCCCUUUAUGGCAUUCAGAUCGCGGACCACCAGUUGAGACAAGCCACCAAGAUUACCCCUGCACCUGAAAAACUCGGGCGGGACCCAAGACCCCAGGCCUCCAGAAUGGGCCCCGAGCAAGUGACAGAGGCCUCACAGCUGUCUCAGUUGCCCCCAAACCUGGCCCAGGUGAAUCGGACAAACAUGCCUUCCUCGGACCCCCUGCAGAGCUCACUGUCUCCAGAGCUCGUGUCUACUCCUGUUCCUGCUCCUCCUCCCGGAGAGGAGACCAACCUGGAAGCCUCUUCCUCCGAUGAGCAGCCUGCGUCCCUCACCAUAGCUCAUGUCAAGCCGAGCAUCAUGAAGAGGAACGGAAGCUUCCCCAAGUACUAUGCCUGCCACCUGUGCGGCCGGCGCUUCACCCUGCGGAGCAGCCUGCGCGAGCACCUGCAGAUCCACACGGGCGUGCCUUUCUCGGCCGGCCCCCAGGGCGAGAGCCGCGUGCCGCUGUCCCUCUGCAGCAAUGCCGCUGACCUCGGCAAGGAUGCCAUGGAGGUGCCCGAGGCCGGGAUGAUCAGUGACAGUGAGCUGCAGCACAUCUCGGACUCCCCCAUCAUCGACGGGCAGCAGCAGUCGGAGACCCCACCACCCUCGGACAUUGCCGACAUCGACAACCUGGAACAGGCCGACCAGGAGAGGGAGGUGAAGAGGCGGAAGUACGAGUGCACCAUCUGUGGACGCAAAUUCAUCCAGAAAAGCCACUGGCGGGAGCACAUGUACAUACACACCGGGAAGCCUUUCAAAUGCAGCACUUGCGACAAGAGCUUUUGCAGGGCCAACCAGGCUGCCCGCCACGUGUGCCUCAACCAGAGCAUCGACACGUACACCAUGGUGGACAAGCAGACUCUGGAGCUCUGCACGUUUGAGGAAGGCAGUCAGAUGGACAACAUGCUGGUGCAGACAAACAAGCCCUACAAGUGCAACUUGUGUGACAAAACAUUCUCCACUCCCAACGAGGUUGUGAAACACUCAUGCCAAAACCAGAACACGGAUGUUUUCGCCCUCGAUGAGGGGCGGUCAAUUCUCCUGGGCAGUGGAGAUGCUGAAGUGACGGAACCUGACCACCCAGUAUUAGCCUCCAUCAAAAAGGAACAGGAAACUGUGUUAUUAGACUGAAUGUUAUUUGUCUUUUUUAAAAACUGUCAUUUUUACAAAAACUAUCUUCCUUCUCUUCCUUCCCUCCAUUCAGAACCGUAGUUCUCCAUGGCAUGAUACAAACAGGUCCCUGUCCUCUCUCCACCUCCCCCACCCCACCCACCCCCACCUCUGUAAAGGCUUUGUGCAUUAUAAACCUGGGAUCUAUUUACUUUCAUUCAGGGGGUAUUGGAAAGAUAAUGGUCAGUAGAACUCAUAUACUUAAAUAGAUUUUGAGAGGUUUUAGAUUAUUUAAAAGCAUACUUGGAACAAUUAAGGGUAUAUACGAAACAGAACAACUAGGAUAUAAUUUGGUAAGCUAAAAUUAUGACUUUCCCUGGGUAAUAAGUCUUCCUUCUGAGAAAGAAAAAAAAAAAACAAAACAGUAUCAGAAAGAGCAACAUGUGUCUAAGAGGUAAUUCUGGGCUCUGUACUAUGCAAAAUCUAGAAGGUGUGGGGAAACUUUAAACCCAAGAAAAUGUUUUCAGAUUUUAUCUUCCAGAUGUCUUAUUUCAGAAUGCAUCCUUUGAGAUUAUGUCCAGUUAAGAAAAAUCACUAGUUAAGAAAUCUUUAACAAAACACAAAAGAGAAAAAGUAAUAAUGUGAUGGCAAUCUUAAUUUUUGGAUAAAACCUGACAAGCUGUGAGUUUAUAUGUUUGUAAAACGUGGAUAUUUCGUAUAAACAGGUGGAUUAAUGCACAUGCCUUAUCUAGUUGCUGGCUUCUUUCCAAGUUGAAUAACAGCAAAAUGACAAAUGUUUUUGUUUUUAAAAUCAGAUUCAAAAGAGACAGUCUAUAGCGUGUCUUUCGAAUAGAAAAUGACGCGUCAUUUGCCAGUGGUAAACUUGUUUCAGUACCAACCUGCUGCUUUUAAAUCAGUGUACAUACAUACUGGAGAGGAAACAAUGCAGGAAUAUGCAUCUUACGUGGAAAGUUGAAAGAAGAUGUAACUUUAAUGACUUUAGAAGUCAGUAUGAACAGUUUACUGGCAACAUUCAUUAAAGCAUCAAAAAUGGCAAAGAGAAAUCAGGACAAAAAAUCUAAUUGCUGGAGCUGGGGAUGGAACUCAAUGGUAGAGCUUUUCUGUAGCGUGCACAAGGCCCUGGGUUCAAUCCCCACCCCACCUCAAAAAAAUUAAAAACAAAAAAACUAAUUACUAUUUGGGGAAAAAACUAUUCUCCAGUUUUUUCUUUUCUUUUUUUUUUUUUUUUUUCUUUUUUUAACAUCUGAAAUUUUCUCCAGUGGACUGAAAAGGUCAAAGUUGUCCAUUAAUAUUCCCUUAGGCCAGUAAGAGACCAGCCUACAGAAUAAAAUAAGAGCCAGGAGUAAGGACCGAAGGGGAAAGGGCGGGGGAGAGUAGUUAAUAGCUAUACUGUAUGUAUGUGUUAAGAACCAAACACCCUAUCUCCUAUUAUAUGUAUAGUUGAGUUCUCAGAUUUGUAAGUUUUUAUACAUACUUUCAUUGAAUAAACAAUUAAAUGGACAUAA